GCCGAUGCCAUGGUAGCUAUAUAAGCCUCCGACUCUGAAGAUCACCCAAACAGUGUGGACCAGACAAUUCCGACAACAUGUUCAAGCUUACAAUCUGCCUGCUCGCUGCCCUGCUCGUGGCUUAUGUCCACGCAGACAACAUCGACAAAGAUGCCACCAUCCUGAGUGAGAAGAACGAUCCCGCCGAUGCAGAGGGCAACUAUGCCUACUCCUUCGAUACUAGCAACGGCAUUCAAGCCCAGGAGGCUGGCAAUGCCAAUGGCGCCUCUGGUAGUUUCUCUUUCAUCUCGCCGGAGGGUGAGAAUAUUGCACUGACCUAUGUGGCUGAUGAGAAUGGAUUCCAGCCGUCAGGUGCCCAUCUGCCCACUCCACCACCAAUUCCAGAGGGCAUCAUCCGUGCCCUGGAGUACAAUGCCGCCCAUCCAUCCAGCGAAUAGAUAUGGAUUGAAUGCCCUUAUGCAGGCCUAGUCAGUUGCUUAGUUUUAAGCACGUUGCACAUAAUUAAAUAGAAGAAAAUUUGUAGACACACA